CAAAUGUAUGGAAAUGAUAAAUCUAUGACUAUGAUACGCCUAUGGCUAUAAUAAAUCUAAAGCCACGAUAAAUCUAUGACUAUGAUAAAUAUAUGGCUAUAGUAAACAUCUGGCAAGGCUGGCUAUGAUAUAGUGCCUGUACACUUCGCGAUAUUGACGAGACACGUUCAGCGCACUGGACCACACCAAUACUGAACGCAAUAGCCUAACACGGUCUGCUGAAUGAGAUCCAAGAUGGCGGAAGGUUCUACUUCCAAAGACAUAGAGAUUCUAAUGCUAUUCCAGUGAUCAAAAGAACUUUUUAUAUAACUUAAAAAUCUAGUCUUUUGAGUCUUCACGCUUUCCCUUUCACACUGGGUGGCCAGGUCGGUGUCCAAAAACCCAGCCUGUGCCGAUGUCCACAAGAACAUGACGUCAUACUGGCGAUCUGUCAGCCCUGGCCUCAAGACGCUGGACGCAGAUUUCAGGAGGAUGAACCUGGCCUCGGAUUGUGGAGCCUUCAACGACCAGCGUCUCAUGGCCUUUGCGCCCAGUGACCUCCUGUCUCCAUGGGAACGGGACUACCUCAGCCAGCCUGUGUUUGACGACAUGAAGGACACCGCCUGGGCCACCUUAUCGGAGGUGGACGCUGUAACCGAGGGGCCUUUUUUUGUUGGGGACACUGUGCAAUCACCGUCAAAGACGGUCGUGGUCAGAGGAGACCGCUAGGUGGCGACAGUGUACGCUUGUGGCUGGAGACCGCGGACCUGAAGGCGGCCAUUGCUGCUGACGUCACCGACAACAAGGACGGCAGUUACCUAGCAACGGCGCCGCUUCCGUGGAAGGGGAGUGUGAGGGUCAAGGCCACAGUGGCGCAUACCAGAGAGUUGUUUAGAACGAGUCUUUAUAUUCAGGUGAGGUGGCAUGCCCCCCUGCGAUGUGACAUAGACCAACAGAACACAUCUAUACGCUACUUCCUACCUACACACCCGUUUUACGCA